UAAUUAUAAUGGCAACAACAUAAUAAGAAUUACUCUAAUAACUCUAUGACUUAAGGAAUGAAUUCUAUGAGUAAUUAAAAAAUGUUAAAGCUGGUUCUGAGGUAAACGCAUUCAUUAAUUUCAAGAAUCAAGGAGAAAUAGCUACAUUGUAAGAUCAAAACAGAAGAUAUGCUUAUAGAAUAGGUCACCUGACAAAGGCUAUUGAUGAGUUGAUUCAAUCAGAAGUAAAGUGUUCCAUAUUAUUCUAGAAUCAAUUGCGCGCAGAAAAUGCCCAAUUAAAAGCUAAAGUGGCAGAAUUGGAGAAGAAAUGAAUAGCAUUAAAUAUAUAUUAUAAUAGACC